GCUGUUGCUGUAGAACCGGCGGAGUAGUUGCAGAGCCGGCGGGUGCUGCUGCUGCUGCUGCUGCGGGUCCGGGCCGCGCCGCUCGCGCUCCGGGUCCACGUGGGCUCAACACUCUCGAACGUCCCGGGGAAUGGAGUUCCAAGCGUCUGAACCAAUGUCUCUGGGAUCUCCAACGUCUCCUAAGCCUGGUGGAGGGGCCCAGUUUCUGCCUGGUUUCUUGAUGGGGGAUUUACCAGCUCCAGUCACUCCACAAGCACGUAACUAUGUUGGCAAUUUGGCCGGUAUAACAGAUGUACGAAUUCCAUUUGGAGGGGGCACACAUCCCCAACCAGUCGUCUCCACCCCUAAAGAUAAGUGUGGUGGUGCACCACCGGUUCGUAGUCUCUAUGAUGACUUGGGAGCGUCAAGAGCUGGACUUGCAUCCUUAAACUCACGGCAACUGGGGAAUAUUACAAGGUUACAAACUCCUGUGUCUGGAUGUAAUGCUUCGACACCUGGAUCAGGUGGUCAUGUAUUUAGUCCAACCACAAUUGGCCAUCACCGAAAGUCCACACUUUCACCAGCACAAGCAGAUCCUUUCUACACUCAAGGGGAGUCCCUCACUUCGGAUGAUCAUUUAGAUGAAACGUGGAUCACAGUUUUUGGGUUUCCUCCCGCCUCUGCUUCAUACAUCCUCCUCCAAUUUGCACAAUAUGGGAAUAUCUUAAAGCACGUGAUGUCAAACAAUGGGAAUUGGAUGCACGUUCAGUAUCAAUCGAAACUUCAGGCCAGGAAAGCAUUAAGUAAAGAUGGGAAAGUAUUUGGCGAGUCUAUCAUGAUUGGAGUGAAGCCAUGCAUCGAUAAAAGUGUUAUGGAGACAAAUGAUCGAAAUUACGGACCUGUUUUCUCUGUCUUCACUCCUCCUAUCAACACUGUGGGAACACCUGCCCCGUCGCCAAGCACACCCAGAAAUACUGCAAUCAGGCCUUUGGCCGCUGCAUACAAAGCAUCAAGCAGCGACUAUCAGGUAGUUUCAGACAGGCAGACCCCUCGUAAAGAUGAGACUCUUGUUUCCAAAGCCAUGGAGUACAUGUUUGGUUGGUAGUUCAGCUUUCCUCCAAUUAAAGAACCUGGAAAAUAGACUUUUUUCUUUCAAGGUUAAUGAUACGUGCUGAAACUCUAUUUUUAUGUGCAAUUACGGACACCAUUUAUUAACAGGGAAACCCACCGCACUAAUACAGUUUGGUUAGUUGUAUAACCACUGCUAUUGUUGGUACAAGGAUGUGCAUUUAUUCAGGUCUACUUUCUGACCAAGCACCCUGUAAAUAGUUUGCACUUUAGAGUUUAACAAUGCAUACAUUUGCAAGAAGUCUGAUUAAAGAAAGGUUUGCCAGAUAAUAUGGAUUGUGUAUGAAUGUCCAAUUGUUGCCUUUUUAAUGUUUUGAUGCAUGUAUUUUCCUGGUAUGACAAUGGGUAUUUGGGAGUGGUGUUAACCUUUUCAGAUCAUGUACAUUAUUUCUUUGAAUUAACAUCUGUCCUAAAGUUCACCAAUUGUAAUUUUAUAAUCUGCAUUCUCAAGCAAAAAUAAAUUAUCUUUCUACAUGCAGAAAAAAUUCCACGAGCGUGAAUAACAAAUAUAGAAUUUGUCUUUUUUAUGUGGAACUGACAAUGUUACACAAAAUGAUCGGGAGGGUAAUCUAAUUUUUAUUUUACUAGUGAAUGCCAAAAAGUUCCAGAUUUUAAUUAUUGAGCUCAAUUACUGCAUAUUCCUAAGUAUUGAUAGUAUUUUUUGGUAUUCAUUGUUUUGUAAAUCUUUUUUAGAAAAUGUAUUUUUCAAAGUCAUAUUGUUGUAUGGCAUUCAACGUGAUUUGUGACCAGUUAAUAAAAUAUGUGGAGGAGA